AUGGUAUCUCAGAAGAUUGGGGUUCAGGAGAUCAAGGGAAAGUACAAGAAUUUUGGACAAGCUUCUAAGGGCAAUGACGAUCAAAUGUUGAGAACAGUGAUGGAAGACUUGUUGUACAAGGCAAAUGAUAUGGUUCUUAUAAGAAACAAUGGAUAUGGUACUGAACCUACAACACUGGAUGGUAUCUUGCUAGUAGAUAUCCAGACACGCGAAUUAGUAGAAGACGUCCUUUGGAAAUAUCAUCUUGGAAUUUGA